CUGUUGUGUGUUUGUGUCUUACAUGCGGUAAAAUGGCAGAAGCCAGAAUAUCUCAGGAUGAGUUCAUGUGUCCAGUGUGUCUGGAUCUCCUGAAGGAUCCAGUGACUCUCCACUGUGGACACAGUUACUGUAAGAUCUGUAUUACAGACUGCUGGGAUCAGAAGAGAGUCUACAACUGCCCUCAGUGCAGACAGACCUUCAGUCCAAGACCUGCUUUAGGGAAAAACACCAUUCUGGCUGAAGUGGUGGAGAAACUGAAGAAGCGUAAACGUCCUGCUGACUGUUACGCUGGAGCUGGAGACGUGGAGUGUGACGUCUGUACUGGAAGAAAAUACAAAGCCGAAAAGUCCUGUCUGGUGUGUCAGGAAUCUUACUGUCAAACUCAUUUUGACCAUCAUGAGGAAUAUCACUCUCGUAAACCACACAAAGUGAUUGAUGCCACUGGACGACUGCAGGACAUGAUCUGCCGUAAACAUGAUAAAGAGCUAGAAAUGUUCUGUAUUACUGAUCAACAGUGCAUCUGUGUGUGGUGUAAAGAGUAUGAACAUAAAAACCACAACACUGUAUCAACUGCAGCACAGAGGACAGAGAAACAGAAACAGCUGAAGGAGACACAGAUGAAGAUCCGUCAGAGAAUCCAGCAGAGACAGAAAGAUCUUCAGCAUCUGAGAGAGGCUGUGAAGUCUCAUAAGCGCUCUGCACAGACAGCAGUGGAGGACAGUGAGAAGAUCUUCACUGAGAUCAUCCGCUCCAUUGAGAGAAGCCGCUCUGAGGCGACACAGCGGAUCAGAGAUCAGGAAAAGACUGCAGUGAGUCGAGCUGAAGGACGACUGGAGCGACUGGAGCAGGAGAUCAAUGAUCUGAGGAGGAGAGACGCUGAGCUGGAGCAGCUUUCACACACACAAGAUCACAUCCAGUUCCUGCAGGUAACAGAGAUCUAGGAGAACAGGAUCAUAGUGGACUUGAGCAAGAUCUGUCAUUACGAAACAUUUCAUGAGAGCAGAAUGAGCCGUUGACUGAGAUGUUGUCAGGAAUUCAGUCAGAUUCAGUCGAGUGUUGUGUUAUCAUAUAAUCAUCAGUCAGACGCUCAUCUGAUCAUCUUCUGUUUAAAG